AAGAUGUUGCUAGCAAAUCCCGUGAACAGUUAUCCAAACUCAUCUCCGCCUCGAUACAAGACAACGGAGUUGAGCGUUCCUCAGCUAGGUUUCCUGUUACCUUUUUUUUCCACCCCUUACAUUAGUGAAACUGGUGUUUCUAAACACAACACAUGAUUGAACAAUAAUAAUUAUGCCUCAAUUCCUUAAAAUGGAAUCUGUUAAAUUAUUGGCAUUAUGUUGGAAAAGCCUAUAUGGACUUUCCUGACCUGCAAAAUGUCUGUUUUAGAUUUUGGUUAGUCGUUUCACUGAUCAGGAAUGACCUUAUAGCCUCUCCUCGUUAUGCUGAUUGUAUACAGUAGCCUAUAUUUGGUGUUAGGAGGAGCUGUAUUUUGUAGCUUGUAGGGAGCACCAAGCAGGACACGAAUAGCAUGGGCCUGUGAACAUUACAGGGAGACUCCGUUUAUAGAUGCCAUAAGCUGUUUUGAGAGAGAGACUGCUGGCCUAUUUUGGUUCCAGGCAGAAUUGUUCCUGUGACCUGUUUCCAGAGCUUUUUGAGACAAAUGUAGCCAUGUACAAACAAGAAAUGGCCUGUCCUGAAUGGCGCAAUUGUGUACAUUUUAACAUUUGUCUGAGUCUGUCCCAAUCAUAAUCUGCUCUUACUAAACGGUGGAAUUUCCGUUGUAAGAGCAGAAUUUGGUAAUCUGUACUUGGUCUUCAACCAGGACAGGAAAUGUUUUCAUUUCAGCUCAGAUAAACAAAACUUUGUUUAAUUGUUUGUAAAUGCAAUUCUAAUAAUUUUUGGUUAAGUCUCUGCAGAUUCAUCAAUGGAAUAUUGGAUGAAAAAAAGUUACAGCUGAGCGAGUAUGAGCAGCUGAACUAUGCCCGGCAACUGAAAGAGCGACUGGAGGCAUUCACACAGGACUUCUUACCCCACAUGAAGGAGGAGGAAGAGGUGUUCCAGCCCAUGCUGAUGCAGUACUUCACCUAUGAGGAGCUGAAAGACCUCAAGAAGCAGGUGAUGGCACAGCACUGUAGCCAGCAGCGAUGGGACUGUGCAGCAGAAGUGCUGAAGGGGCUCAGUCUGUGGAGCCAGGCAGAGGAGCUGCACAAGGCCUUCAAGUAUGCUGACCACGAGAAGACUGACGAACUAGAGAAAGAGCUGUGCUCCACCCACAUCUCCCAGCUACCUACAGAGAUCCUGCUGCAUCUGUUCCGCUACCUGGGUCCUGAGGACCUGUGUCACUGUGGCCAGGUGUCCUCAGCCUGGUCCGACCUGGCCAAGACCGGUUCUCUGUGGAGGCACCUCUACCCUGUACGCUGGGCCAGAGGGGAUCACUAUCGCGGCCCCCCAGCUGAUCUGAAUCAGGAACCGGAUGAGGAGUGGGUGAACAGUCUGCAGGAUGAGGGCAAGGCCUACCAGGAGUGGGAUGAGGAUGCAGAUGUGGAUGAGUCUGAUGAUACUUGUGAAGACUCAUUGGCUAUAAGCUCAGCUCAGCGGGAGAAGAAACUACUAAAUGAAAUGAUCCAGAACCUUCUGCCAGCUGUGGGUUCCUCUGUCAGGUCCAUCGUUCUGGCCUACAGCUCUACGGUCUCCAGUAAGAUGGUGCGUCAGAUCCUUAGUCUCUGUCCUAAUCUCACCCACCUGGACCUCACUCAGACUGAUGUCACAGACUCCGCCUUUGACAGUUGGUCAUCUCUGGGGUCAUGUCUGUCUCUUGAGCACCUGGACCUAUCAGGCUGUGAGAAGAUCACUGACCACACCCUGAAGAAGCUGUCCAUUGGUCUGGGGUACCUGGCAUCGCUCACCUACUCUCAGAAACGAUCCGACCGGCAAGCCAAGCUUCUGAAGAGCCCACCUCCCAUCAGUCUGCUGGACGAGCGGAGCCUCCGUUUGACGGGGGCCAGCCGGCAGGCCCUGAUCUUCAAGCAGCAUACGGGGAGACGGUGCAGCAGCCCCUCCAGGGUCUGGGUCCUGGACCCUUCGGAGCUGGCCGACAUCGAGGAUGCAGCAGAGUGGAACCGCCGCGGGGGAGUGUCUACCCCUGAGGGGCGAGGCUUUGUGGCGACGAAGCCAGGAGGUUCGUGUUGCUGCAGGAGGAGUAGGAGGCGGGGCCUCAGGACAAGCUAUAGCACCUCCUACUGGCAGCAGCAGUAUGGGCUUGGGGAGGCCUGCUGUGGCCAUUCAACCUGCUGCACUGGUGAGAUGGCCCUGAGGACUUAUGGAGGGCUGCAGUGUUUGUCUUACACCACCAGGGGCAGUGCAGGGGCAGAGUUUUGGACUAAAUGCUCCUCUGGGGGUCAGCGGUGCCUGGAGCUUUACAACAGAACUGAUCAGUCAGACGCUCGGCGCUCGCUGAGAUUCCUCAGCCUCUCUGGAUGCUAUCGGGUUACAGACCUGGGCUUGAGGGUGCUGUCUCAGCGUGGAGGUCUUCCUCUCCUGGAGCAUUUGAACCUGUCUGGAUGUCUCCUCAUCACUGAGGUUGGGCUACAGGAGCUGGUGUCAGCCUGUCCUGCCCUCAAUGAUGAACACUUCUACUACUGCGACAACAUCAAUGGUCCCCAUGCUGAUACGGCCAGCGGCUGCCAGAACCUGCAGUGUGGCUUCAGGGCGUGCUGCCGCUCUGGAGAGUGACCUUUGACCUUACUCUCGAUGAAUCCCCCCCCUCAUCUGCACUUUAAUCCUCACCUGGGAAUAUGCCAUUUGUUGUAUUUUGUCACUUCAGAUAGUUUCUACAUGAAAUGUUAAGUAAAAAGUAGAUUCCUGACAUUGCCAUUUCUAUCUGUAUUUCUUGGAAACACUAAUUUAGAAAAUAAAGUAUAUGGGUGUUUGGAUGACGUAUCUGCAAAUAUAAAUUCUGAUUCCUUAUUUUUGUGGUUUUGAGAAGGUGAUUUGUUUUACACUUACGUUUGAGUUGCAAAAAAGCAGAUGGUAUAUGUGAGCACAUAGUAUUUGUUUCUGUAAAACCGGUAUCCUGUCGUUUCUGACUAGUUCCACUUCCUCUUCUCCUAUGUUUGUUUUAGAUCACCAAUUUGCGAUUACUGUAGUCUUACUUGGUUUAUUGAAAAUAGAGAAGUCAGAAACAUCAUAUUAUUCACUGUUGUGAUGUGAGGUCCCUUCGUAGGAAAAUAAGCACCCACUAAAUUAUUUAUUAUUACACACAGCUGCGCAUUUCACUACCAGGGACCACACACAUUCAACAAAGUUUAAAAUGGUCGUGGUCCUCUUAACAAUUUUAUGUAUAUUAAUAAAACACAAAUGUAUGAUAACGCUAUUGUAGAGUUCCUUCAUGUAGUGUGCCCACUCAUGGUGAAGACUGGUUCUUAUGCUGGCAAGUGGCAACCCAUGUGAGCUAGAUCUGGCAACCCAUGUGAGUUAGAUCAGGGGUUCCAACACUUUUUUGUUUAUUUUAUGUAUUUUUUUUGCUUUGAGUCCUAGGUGUCUUGAGGCACGACCCACCAUUGAGCGGUGUAAAAACAUACUGACCAAAGAAUGAGUGAAAAAUUCUCUUGGCAGCAAAGUUUUAAAGCAAAUUUCUUGCUAUUCUAUACAUUUGGCAUGGAGCUGAAACAACAUUUUGCAGUUAAGAUAAUUUCCUGCAAUUCUAAGCAUUUUGACAUGGCUAAUUGUUUUCUUAUGCUCUAAAAUCACAAAAUCAAUGGGAGCCUGAUUGUCUAGGUUUUAUUUUGUUGAUUGUAAGUCCUUAAAGAUAAUGGGCUAUUAUUAAAAAAUAUAUAGGUCACCAGGGUGUGUCACCAUGGUGGUCAGUUCACUGGUAGAAUUGUGUCAGAUGGGUACAGGCAUUUCAGGAAUAAAGAGCUAUUGUGGUUUCUGGCUGCAGGUAAUACACUUAUGCAAUAUCUCUGAUUUCAACCUUUAAAAUGUCAUUCACAAUGCUCCUUAUCUUUCUCUUUUGUGGCUGGAAACAUUUGAUUGUUCUGAUUUAAUAUUUACUUAAGUAUUUUCCCUUUGUCACUGUUCUCCACUGAAUCAAUGGUAAGGACAGUGAAAUUCACCUGCAUUCACAUAAGCACUCCCAGGGCAGAGGGUUACAAAACAAUCUGAGAUAUAGAAUGACCAAAUGGAGCCAAUUUGAAAAGUAGCCCCUAAUCUGUGAAACUCACUGUGAUUGCUAUACAUAGCACAUCCAUUGUCAGGAGACAAGUAGCCUGUUCGAACAAUCUGCAUGAGAAGUUAUAUUGAUUAUGUACAAUUUCAAAAGUAGAACAAUAAAAGUAACUUUGAUUUAAA